AUGGUACACUAUAUUCCCGCGUUAUCUGGGUUUUCGGAUGGAUAUAAAGCAGGAAUUACCACAACAACAACUACUCAGCCUUCGAUUUAUGCCCCUUACGGUGGUCAGUCAGACGUCAAACCACCUCUCCCGCCAGAAUUACCUGCGCUGUCACGUCCUCGAACGCCAACUCCACCAUCUAAAACCACAUUAACUACAACAACGAUAACGAUUACCCCUUCGUACAUCAAUCCUGAUGGAGGGUGUCGCGUUUACACCAGGGAAGAAAAAUACAAAAUGUUGACGGACUUGGGAUCAUACAAUCUUUUUAUGGCAGACACGGCUGAGGAAGCAGCUCUGAAUUUCGCUCCUGUGUUCAAGAAACUUCUUUAUGGAAAAGAACCAUAUCCUGACUAUGAGGAUGUCCGCAUCAUAAACGGUACCAUUGAACGAGUUUGCCGCAGCAAUGUUUGUCGAUUGCAAAAACUAAAGGCUCCCAUAACAGAAGAAGAGUGGCUCAGUGGCAGUCAACAAGUACUGGUAUGGACGAUGUCUCUCUGA